UUCAGCAAUAACACUCGCACGACAUUGGUUUUGAAAACGUUGUUUGAGGGAUACGACAAACGGCUGCGACCCAAUUUUGGAGGUAAAAGGUUAUGUAGUUAUACUGAGAAAGUAGUCAUAAACUGGGAACAUCAUUUAUGCGGUCAGAGGACAACCAGGUUUAAGUCAGCUACUUUUUGUUUCAAUUAACCAUGAAAAUGUCUGACUAUUAAAAGCCUCCCUAUUAAGAAAAUAAAAUAAAAUUGGCCCGCGUAAUGAUUUUGUAAAAGUUCACGUUUUGCUGUGCAUGUUUCGUCCUGUUAUAAGCUGGGAAAGAUUUGAAUCAAAUUUUAAACUCUAAGCAAGAAACUUAGGACAUUUUCAUUUGCGUAGUUUUUCUUUCAGGUCAGACUAAGAUUCAAACUAGUCACGAGUUUUCUCAAAUUACGUUUUAAUGAAUUAUCACAAAAUGGAAUUAAUAUCUACAUAAAUCACUUCAUCUUUCAUUCAAGAUAAAAUAUGUCUUUAACCGCAUCCUUUUUAAAACAUACCACCUAAAACAGCAAUUAGCUCGGAACGUGAAUGAAUUCACAUAAUUGUGCUUCAUAAUGCAACCAGCUGCUUGCAGUUUUCAUGAUUAUGAAUCAGCGAAGCCAAGAAAAUAGUUGAUAGAUGAGGUUAAAAAUUUAGAAAGGUUCAAUCAAGUGUUUGAAGUAUCCAUUAACUCUUUGAUCGCUAAGAGUGGUAGGCAUCCAUUUUCUCCCAACAAUUUCAUCGCUGAAUCAAAAUCGAGGUUAUAAGAAUAAAGAAAAUGAUCGAGAAGGAAAAGAGUUCUUGGUUUUGAAACAUCUUGUCUCCUUUUCAGUAUCACAGGAAAUUAAUUAGGAACAAUGUGGAGAUUAAGCACACUGAUUUUAGGGUGUAAAUAAAAUACGAUGAUUAUCACAACUCCUAACACUUUCUUUCGAAGGUCCUCCAUGCAAAGUCAACAUUUCUAUGCAUGUUUUGUCAAUGGUGCCAAUCAAAGAGAUUGAUAUGGUAAGUUCUAUGUGGCGAACGUGGCUUGGUUUACAAAAAAAGCUCAUAACUCUUUUUCUCUCCCAGCAUACUGAUGAGAGUCACUGGAGAAUACUGGACUUUUAUAUUCAACGGUCAAAAUAUCUCUAUCGAAACCCUGCGUACGACUAUUAUCUACUCAAAUAAGUCAUGGAGGAUUCCAAAUAAUUAAUGAGCGGAUCGGUCAUUACUUAUCGCCGGGGGGGCCGGAGGGGCCGGGGGGUGGGAGGUUGAAGGACUCUCGGUGAGAUCACACGCUUUUUAGUGAGGGACGGAAGGGGAAUCAGUCGUCGCUAACAGAGUAUAAAAGGGGGGGGGGGAAGGGGGAGCGAUAGAAAACUGCCAAUGAGCGGGGAGCAUUAGAAUAGUACAGAGCCUUAGGAAGAACAGAUAACCUUUAUUGUGACACAACCAAUAAUCCCCCCGUCCCACUUUGGCGAUAAACAAUGAAGGUUCUUGAAUAGAUCAGAGAUAUCAGUUUUUGUCGCAUGCAAAGCCUGGCUUUAAUUGAACUGGGGUAAUCAAGAACAAAUCUUGUGAAUAAAUUUAAUAUUCAGGAGGAAGGGGGCACAAAUUGGAACCAAAAAACACAAGAACAGGGAUUAUCUUGAGAGGAACUGUAUUCGUUCGACUAGGGAAUAUUCCACCUCAUAAACACCUCUUACUGGAGAGGGGAGGAGAGUGUUCACCUAUCGGAUGAAUAUAAAGUAAAGUUAUACAAACUUAUCGUUUAACUUUAGUUGCCUCGCAUUGACAGAUUCUGAAAUGUUUCAUGUAUAGUUCAUGUGGCUGUUUUUUAUUUUUAUAUGAACGUAGGAGGCGACAUUUGUGAUGUUUUUUCGUCAGCAUUGGCUCGACCCUCGUUUGGCUUAUGGCCCCUCUCUUGGAAUGCCUAAAAUGAAGCUGAGUGGGAACAUUGUGGACCAGGUGUGGAUUCCAGACACGUAUUUUGUCAACGAUUUGACCCAAAAAAAAUCCUGCGCAGAUUUUAUGUUUGAACUCUCACAAGAAGGUGUCAUCACGCAUAGUUGCAGGUUAGUUUAAGUCCUCUUAUUGUUUGCACCUUUUAAAUACCUAAUUUGGCUCCCUAGUUCGGGUACAGCCGGUUUGUGGAGUUAAAAGCUCGGAUGUCCUUAAGUCAUCUAAAGACCAAAAUAGUAUGGUUCAUAUAGAACAACACCCCUGCGUUGAUAUUUAAGCUGUUUGACUGUACUAUAUGACAGGAUUACGAAAAGCAUUUUACCUUAACAACAUACAGUAGAGUCGAACGUAUAUGUAUGGCUCAUUAUCACAUUUUCUUUACUUUUGAUUUUCUUUAGACUCAGACUAAGUUUAUACUGUCCGAUGAAUUUGCGAAAAUUUCCAAUGGAUGAACAAGUCUGUGAAAUGAUCUUUGAAAGUUGUGAGUAUGGACUUGAGAGAUUUGAAAAUUGCAUGCAGCUAUGUGACUCACUAUCAGAAAGAUGUCGAGUUGCGUAGCCAAUCACCUUGCAGCUUUUGCAAUAAACCGCUACUUGGUUACUUCAUACGAAAGAGUAAAAUUAAUACUAGUUCCAGUCACCCUCAAUGUUUUGAAGGCGGGAGUAAUAUUUGAUGGCGUAGUCUGAUCGUCCAGGUAAGAAUAGUCUUGAGAAGGACUGCUGUCGGUAAAAGUGGCUGACGUUUCAAAACCCUGUGCAGAAGUCAUCAUCAGAAUCGAGUCAAGCUUAAAUUGCCAGCUUUUCACUUUGGGUACUUUGGAGGGAAAAAGAUGAUUUAGAUUAAGAGAGAUGAAACUAGGAGGUAAGUCUCUAUAAUAUUUCUUGUGAUUUCAGAUUCUUACUCCACAGAAGAUAUGAUCUUAUCUUGGCUAACUGGUGGUAAAGAUUCGAUCGGUGUGUCAGGGGAACUACAGAUUCCUCAGUACACUCUAAAGAAAAUAGAAAUCUCCAUGAAAAGUCAUGAGUAUAGCACAGGUAAAAUGCAACAGCUGGAUGGUUGGGAUUGUGCUGUUUUUCAAUCCAUUGCAUGGGUAAACAGAGGGGAUGUGGGAAGAAUUCAUGACGGAGAUCUGAAUAUUUUAUCACAUUUUCACACAUGCGCAAACCUAUGGAAUUCCUUCAAGAAAGCAAAACCCAAAAAAAUGAGUCGAGCAACCCUUAAGGUUAAUCAUCCUAAGACAGUGAUUCUAGGGGAGGUAAGAGGAGGAGCCAAAUUAAAUUUUAUGAUGAUUCUUCAUUGCAUGCAUUGUGAGAAACUGAAAAAAAAAAAAAUAAGAUAAAGACUGAAAUUUGUUUAUGAUCAACACUUCGAUUUUUUCAAAACCGUUUUUUUUUUCAGGUAAUUUUUCGACCUUGUUAGCUAGAUUCCACCUUCAGAGACAAAUUGGCUAUUACAUUCUUCAACAAUUCAUCCCCACAGUACUUAUUGUAGCUCUGAGCUGGGUUGGUUUCUGGAUCGAUGAACGUUCGGUUCCGGCACGGGUAUCGCUCGGAAUCACAACAGUCCUAUCCAUAACUACGCUAAUGUUCGGUAUUCAGUCGAGCCUGCCGAGAGUCGGUUACGUGAAAGCAAUCGAUGUGUUCAUCUUGGGCAGUUUCCUUUUUGUGUUCGCUGCUUUAUUGGAGUUUGCAGUGAUCUGCUCAUUUGCGAAUGCAUCUUCGUCGAAAAGAGAGAGAAGGCCAAAGGAAAAACAGGUUGCAUCAUAUGAGAAACCAUGUGUGAUUUUUGAGGAAAUGAAUGACGUGGAAAAAAAUUAUCAAGAAAGUGGCACGUUUCGACAAGUUUUUGACACCAAAAGAGACGGGAUUACGGUGAGUACAGGUAAGAAAAAAAUAGGAUAAAUCAAAUCAAGUUGUAAUAUAUAGUUCUCAGUUCACACAAUCUACUUCUCAAGUCCUGGCUUUUGAGUAAUAACAGAAAAAAAUCUUUACUUGCGUGCAAAUUAAUUCAUUUAUCUACGCGAAGGCUCAGCAAAAAAAACUUUAAGCAUGUAACAAUUAUUUAAAAAGCUAUUUUUUUUAUGGCGGAUGCGGGGGGAGCUAUUCUAGAUCAGCGCGCAAAUAUGUUUUUAAUAUUCAGACCUGAUUUUCAUGUGCAGUCUCUUUCUUUUAUAGGAAAAACAUUAUCGCGACGAAAAUUCUAACUACUCAACGAGCUUCAUCCCAACAUUGGCAAUGUCUACAACACCGUGGUUUUCAAUUAAGAGGCCAACAGGCAAUGCAAGGUUUUCAAACAAUCCAGCCUUUUUUCCUAAACUAAAGCCGUGUAAAAUCGAUAGACACUGCAGGAAACUCUUUCCUUUGGCAUAUGCGCUGUAUCUUUCAAUUUACUUCGCCAUUUACUUCAUGCCAGUUUGA